UCUGAAUCGACUCUCUUAUGGACGAUACUUCGCUAUAAAAUACUACUUUUAAUUAUAUAUAUUUAAAAAAAAGUUGUAAAGUAGAAUGUUAGAACAGUCAGGAAGCAAGGAAAAGUUUAUAAUAUAUUUAUUGUCAUUUGUCAAACAGCAGUAAAUCAGUGUAGUGUCGUGGCUGUGGAAAAGCUGAGUGGAGGGGGCGGGUGGUAAAUUAGCCACUCAUGCUAAGUGUGAGCUUGAGUUAUAGCCGUUUACAUACGGCGUGGUCAUAACUUCAACACCACACACUCAUGUUAUGACUUCUUGGGGAGGCUGACUUUCACACAUGGCGGGGGUUUGCUGUAAGAGCGCGGGGCCGCUCUCGGUGUUUAAGCGCACUCUGACGGUGCGCGGCUCGCCCUCGGCCCCGCGCUCUUGCCCCGCAGCCUGCGGGAGGAGAGGCGCUCAGGAGGGCUGCGCAGUGCUCGCGCGCCCGCUGCACCUCCACACGCCCGGGCCGCGACGAUACGCAACGCAUCUCUUCUGCUCUUCUGUGCAGGAGUCCAUGAGCGCGAGCCUGCGCGCGUGCUACGUCUAUCUGAACCAGACGAGCAGGAGCUUCGCGGCAGUGAUCCAGGCCCUGGACGGAGACCUGCGCCAUGCAGUGUGUAUAUUCUAUCUAGUUCUUCGAGCCCUGGACACGGUUGAAGACGAUAUGACCAUUCCUCUGGAGAAAAAAGUCCCACUCUUGCAUAAUUUUCACACUUUCCUCUACCAACCAGACUGGUGUUUCAAAGAGAGCAAGGAGAAGGACAGACAAGUUCUUGAAGACUUUCCCUUGAUAUCUGUUGAGUUCAGGAACCUGGCGCAGGUAUAUCGGGACGUGAUUUCAGACAUUUGCCACCGCAUGGGGGUCGGGAUGGCUGAAUUCCUCGAGAAGAAAGUUGGUUCAAUGCAGGACUGGGAUAAGUACUGUCACUAUGUGGCUGGUCUGGUAGGUGUCGGCCUGUCUCGGCUUUUCUCUGCAUCCCAACUGGAGGACCCUGAGGUGGGGCGGGAUACUGAGCUGGCCAAUUCUAUGGGCCUCUUUCUACAGAAGACUAACAUUAUCAGAGACUACCUGGAGGACCAGCAGGAAGGACGAUCCUUCUGGCCCGAGGAGGCAUGGAGUAAGUUUGCGGCCCGUCUGGAAGACUUUUCUCAGCCUCAGCACCUGAGCUCAGCUCUGGCCUGCCUUAACCUGUUGGUAACAGAUGCUCUUCGCCAUGUUCCUGAUGUCAUUGCUUACCUUUCCCGUCUUCGCAAUCAGAGUGUGUUCAACUUCUGUGCCAUCCCCCAGGUGAUGGCGAUAGCGACUCUCUCCGCCUGCUACAACAACCCACUGGUGUUUCAAGGGGUGGUAAAGAUCAGGAAAGGCCAGGCUGUUACUUUGAUGAUGGAAGCCACCAAUAUGCCAGCUGUACAGAGCAUGAUUGCACAGUACAGCCAAGAGAUCCUGCAGAAAGUGUCGCUGUCUGAUCCGUCGCGGGCUAACACUCUGUGCAUACUCGGUGUGAUUCAGGAAAAGACACUUUCCAAGCCGGUGCUGCCCUCCCGUGCCUACAACUUCUCACACGUUUAUCUCUCUGCUGCUACAAUUUUGGCUUUUCUCAGCUGGCAGUAUAUAAACUCCACUCAGUCUCCAAACAGUGCUGACAUGCAGGGCCGCUGAGGCCGUCCUGUAUCCAGACCAAGCCAACAAACCCAUCUAAGACUGUUAAUGUUUAUCUGUUUAAACAUUUUCAUGCUAUUAUAAGUAAUUUUUUGUGUGUGUGAGUUUUUUUUUUUCCUACGAAAUAUUUUCUAUAUGUAGUUUGUUACUAUAAAUUUCCUUAAGCAUUAUUUCAGGUCUUCCACAUACUGUAUAUGUGUAUAUGCAGCCAAAGUAUAACGCUAUUCCUUCAAAUAUAAUUAAGCCAUUUUAAUGUCCAAGAAAAGCAGUUGCCAAUAUGAAGUCCCAACCCUUUAUAAGCAAAGUUUCAAAAGAUCCUUGUCCUGCCCAACCAAAAAAAAAAUAGUAAUAAUAACACAUCCAUCCAGCUAAUUUUACCCAAAAUUACAUAAAAAAAAUGUCUCUGUGUGUCAUUUACUGAGUUACUGUUACCCUGGUAGCUAGCUUUAUGAGUAAUAUUUUAAGAAUGGCUAGCUUUGUUUUACAUGUUUUUCUAUGACUCAUGCUAUACCUAACUAGACAAUAAUUUUAUGUGCAAAUAUCCUCCUAAGGCCGGCUAGCUCUAUGUUCAGAUUUUCUCACAUCUUAAAUAGGUCAUUUCUUGUGGAAAUAACUCUUCAAUGCUAGCUAAAUUUGUUGGUGGGGGUGGACAUUAACAAAUGUUAUCAAAUCAAUUUUAUUCGGAAAUAUCUUGUAAUGAUAGCCAGCUUUAUGUCCGGAUUUUCCCUUAUCUUGGCUAGUUACUUUUGUGUGGAGAAUAUUAUCCUAAUGCUAGCUAGCUUUGUGGAAUUUUUCAUUAAUCUAAGCUAACUAGCGUUGUUUGGGGAUAAUCUGUUCAUGCUAGCUUGGAAGAUCUGUUCAUGUUUGCAUAGCUAGUUUCAUGGAUUUCCGACUAAUCUAGCUGUCUUGGGUUGUGAAAUUACCUCAUGUAAGCUAGUCACUUUUGCUUGUGGAUAUUCUCCUAAUUCGAUGUUCACUAGCUGUGCGCUGGAAUUUUCACCCAUCUUGGCUGCUACUUUUGUCCUUGAAGAUGUUCUCCAAAUGUUCACUAGCUUGUUUUGUGGAUUUUUCACUAAUCAAAGCUAAAUAGUUUUGUUUGGGGAUAUUUUGUUCAUGCUAGAUUAGGAUUUGUUAUGUUUGUCUAGCUAGCUUUGUUUGUGGAUUUCUCACUAAUCAUAGAUAGUUAGCUGUUUAUUCCCCUUAUACUAGCUACCAAAGUUAAUUUGUUCUGUUUAAGGAUAUUCUGUCCAUGCCAGAUUGGGAUUUUCGCUAUGGUUGUCUACCUAGCUUUUGUUUGUUCGUUGUUAUUUUACUUAUCGCAGCCACUUACUUUUGUUUUGGGGAUUCUCUUCGAAUGCUAGCUAGUUAUUCUCCUAAUGUUGGCUAGUUAUUCUCCUAAUGUUGGCUAGUUAUUUUCCUAAUGCUGGCUAGUUAGUUUUUCCCAAUGCUAGCCAGCUUUUGUUUUCAAAUUGUCUUUCAUUUGUAUAAAACUAAAUAUUGUUUUGAAGAAAAAGAUUAAUUAUCUGUUAAUUUAAGAUUUGAGUUGUAACUUGUCCAUUGUGAAUGUUGCUAACAGUUUUCUCAUUCGCUGCACAUACUAUUCUAAUUUAGGUGCAAAUAUUUAGAAUUUAAGACAUUCUGUAUUAAUGUGCUCUAGCCAAAUAUUUACUUUAAAUGUGUUACUUUAAAUGUCCAUCAUAUAACGAGUGGGUUAAGGUUGGUUUAUAGGUUAAUCUAGGAACCAAAUAAUAGAUGAUUUAUCUCAUGGAUGGAUUGAGGGGUAGCAGAAUGUGACUUUAAAAUCGUCCCUACUAAAGCUUUGUUGUGAAUAAAGCUAGGUAGGGCUUUGUACAUAAGCACAUGUAAAAAUGAUAUAUAAUUUUUUUAAAUAUGCGACUUUAAAAUAAAUAGAAAAUAAAAGGGCAAAACUGGUUGAGAGAUUAUUUAUUUUUGUAGUCAUCUAAUAUGUAGUCACAUUAAAGAAAGUGACAAAAGCUAGAACAAACUAAAAGCUAGUUCAGUUCAUUUAAAAAUAUGUUCAUUUUAAUGAAUAUGUGCUACUUCUUGUAACAGAAGAUUACAACAUGAAUAUUCUGAUGAAUUGCACACUUAUAUUGCGGUCUUUUGUCUUGGGCCACAAAGCCAUAAAUGUGGUUCUAAUGCAGUUGAUUGUGGGGUUUUUUUCUGUCACAGUUUUCUAAAUAAACAUACAAAUCAAAAUAGAGGUACAGUAUGUAUGUUUGUUUUAUGUAUGCAUUCAAGUAAACCUGUUUUGGACACAAUACUUUCAGUGGUGGUCAAAAGUAAUGAGACAAACAUGAAACUUUUUAAUGUUUUAAUGACAUUCUUAAAUGUUUAAAACCAUGACAAUCAAUGUCAUAAGAAUAAUUUUUCAUUGUGUUUAACACCUGUACAGAAUUACCUGUCUUGGGACAUGAUCUGUAUUAUAAAUUAGACCAAUACCUCAUGGAUAAUGAAGGAGGUAAACCUUGGUGCAAGACUGUAUACUUUUAUUUCCUUAUUGAAGCAAUAAACUACUGAUUAAAUAAAGCGUUCUAAGCAUG